AUGGCCAGGGCGGCCAAGGCCCCCACCUCACCGGCGCCGCCGCGCGGUGCCUGUGCGGCCGGGCACGCCGCACCUAGACUUUCGCCGCGGCGUGUGCCAGAUAGGAAACGCGCCGCGGUAGUACUAGCCAAUGGCGGCCGAGGACCACCACACCUCGCCAAGUCCCCCUGUCCUGGCUGUUUUCUGUUUGCUGAACCUACCCGCCCGUUGGGUCAGUUGCGUGGCUCAAACGGGCAAGGCAUCGUCACAAGUGGCCAAGCUAGGCGCCGUUUCGAGACGUAUACGAGCACAACGCAACGACCACCCAGUCAAGAUUUCGUCGCCCAAGAAAAGACCACGGCCCAGCAAUGGCGUCAGCAACCACGACGGCUGCUUGGCCGAGCCAGACCGAGACUUCAUAUCAGCGACCACGGUCGAGGGCUUUCUCGAUCAAGGAGCUUGAGAAAUUCCCGUGAAGAAUACACGACAACCACGACCGCGGCCGAGCCUCUCUGCAACAACCCUCUUCCCAACAAGAACACCUGCGACGACGAAUAUGACGGAGUCGGGAUCCUCAUCGAGAUUACUAGCCUCAACCGCCAGAGCAGCCUCAGAACAUCACGGGGCCAGACAGGCAACGUUACGCUACCCGGGGCCACGACGGAGCAGCAGCUUGAAUAUGCCGCGCCGGUGACCCUCCAUGACGUGCUGAUGAAGAAGAUUGUCGCGUCGCAAGCACGGCGAUACCACAACGGAGCACUGACGCGGAGCUACAGCCACGGCCGCAAGCGCACGACCACCAUCGUUACACGGGGGGAGCGGACCUUCUCACCCGUCGAGACGCGAGAGCUCCUCCAGGCCAUGGAUGACGUGGCGAAGGAAGCGGAGGAGGAGGAGAGCGACGACGAGACUGGCGAUCAUUGUGGGCAGACUGAGGCGAACAGUGGGCAGUCAGGCAGCCUCGAGGUGAGAGUCAGGACCGUGGCCGUCGAACUUCCGCGCAAGAACAGCAGCAGCACCCGCCGAGUCCAGGUCCCCUUGUUCACCCACGCCCUGCGCCUUCCCCGUAUGACAAGAGAGUGUGUCAUCUGCAACGAGACAUAUCACGACUUUGCACCAGGCAGCAUCCCUCCCAGCAUCGGCGACGAGCACAACCAGGACGACAGCAGUGGAAACCCAUGGACGAAAGCGGCUCAGCACUUCCCCGGAGACUGGGCGUGGCAGAUCUCUGACUUUCCCCCGGCUCACGUCCUUCCCAGCUGUGAUUCAGCUCUCGAGGCCACCACCACUACUACCACCAGAACCACCACACAGCCAGAACAACAACAACAGCAACAAGUAUGCCGGCCCUGUCUAGCCACCCAUAUCCAGACUCAGCUCACCCUCCUCGGCCCCCGCGUCGCCCAGAACGGCAUCACUUCUCCUCUGCCCUGCUCCGCCCUAGACUGCGGCAGCCACCACAAGUUCACGUACGAGCAAGUCCGCCAGCUCGCGAGCCCGACGACAUUUGUACGAUACGACCGGCUCGUGGCGCUCGCGGCGGAACACAUCAGAGCAUGGCACGAGCCAACAGCAGCAGCAGCAGCCAGCAUGACAACCACGACCCUGACAACCUCAACACCCGCAUCGCCUGCCACGCCUGCCGGUUCAGCAUGUGCUACUCGUGCCAGACACCCUGGCACUCAGGGCUCACCUGCGAGCAGUUCCAGACACAGCGCCAGCACGGAGACCCGAGGCCCCUGA